GACGUUUAUCAUAACGCUUAUCUAUGUUUGACGUUUUGAUAUGGUUUUAAUUGUUUUGAUACAUUUUGAAUGUGUUGUUAAAAACAAUUAAAAAGGUUGCAGCUAAAAUAGGUAUUGCUCAUCUUUUCUGGGUUCUAGUAAUGAAUUUAGUCAAACACUUCUCAUCAAAUUGAAUAAAAUGCCUUUUACAGUUGAUGCUAUAGCUGCUCAGCAAGUACAAGAACGUUUAAAAGCUUUACAUGGACUAAUUUAUGAGAUAGAAAAGAAAAGACAACAAAGUGAACAUGGACUCAAUGCCAUCACAAAAUUUCAGAACAGUCAAGAUGAUAAAACUUCAUAUCAUUAUCAGCAAAUGAAGUUAAAAGGCUUACUUAAGACGGCAGUUUCUCAUGCAGAACAAGAGGAAGAUGUAAUACGAAAAGCCUUGCAGAAGAUAAUUGAAAUUCGAAAUAUUAAAAAUGAACGCAGAAUUCAGGCGCGACAUGUGGACAAUAAGGAAACCAUUAGACGUGGUGCUUGUAUGAAAAUGUUGGCUAGUUCUGGUCAGACAUUGCCUCUCUUUGUCGGAAAAAUUGGAGAAGAGCCACCACCUUUGUGUGGCGCUAUUCCUGCUGAACCAAAUUACUAUGCUAAAGUGGGGGACAUGGUUGCUGCAUUUGUGAAAGUAGGCGAAGGAGACGGCAAAGAUUGGAUUGUAGCCGAAGUAGUAAGUUUUAAUCACGCUACCAACAAAUACGAAGUUGACGACAUCCUUAAAGAACAAAAUCAAACCAAACGCCACACUUUAAGUAAACGUUUAGUCGUACCACUGCCACUAAUGAGAGCAAAUCCUGAAACGGAUCCUGGUGCCCUGUUCCCCCAAGGAACUGUUGUCAUGGCCCUUUAUCCUCAAACAACCUGCUUCUAUAAAGCAGUAGUAAACAAGGUGCCACAAACGCAUGCAGACGAGUACGAGGUCAUUUUUGAAGACGCAAGUUAUUCAGAGGGUUACAGCCCACCUUACGGGGUUGCACAGCGUUACGUUUUCGCAAUUAAACAAAAAACUAAGCAGACCUGACAGUCAAUUUCUGACAGUAACAUGUCAGACUCUGAGAAUUCAAACACACCUGAAUAAGAUGCAACUACAAU